GUGUUAUGAGGAGAAUCCAUCGGCGAAGAUGUCGUAUCUCGCGGAUGUGAAUUUGGAUCUCCUGGAAGACAGUUUUAUUCUCUUUUGCUUUGGCGUCCUCACGACACAAGCGCUGCCAUUUCCACGUUUUCAUUUCAAUAUUUCAAAAAGUCGUCGUUGGGGUGUCAACCUUACAAUGUAUGGGUACACCAUUGUGAGUUCCGCUAUCUAUGCUACCCAGGAAGAGGUCAAAUCCGAUAUCUGUCGUGCUGCACUGAAGAAGCUAAAGGUUGACUUUCCAGAUUGGAAGCUGCCUGACGAAUCGGACGAUUUCAAGCAUCUGUUGACUGGGACUGGGUUGAUAUUCUGUAAGGCAAGAAUUCCCGUCAUGGCCUUUCAGAAGAUCUGCGAUGUACUCCAUCUGGGAUACCCUGAAUUCGAGUGGGAAGACUGGACAGGCGAGGAUCGACAGCCUCGGAAAUUAUACUGCUGGGGCUUAUUUAAGGACGACCCAUUCCUCCAACGAGCCGGCGCCGUCGGUCGCAUGGACGGCUUGCAGGAUAGCAACGCGACGGCUGAACAAGCCUGUGCGAAAGAGGUUAUUGGAUACUUAAUCAGAAUGGUUGAGGAAGAUGUGGAGCUCAAGGCUCACAUGGCAAACGAGCGUCGAAGUGUUGAACAAUGGCCUGUUAAAAAUGAAGAUGUUACGAUGCAUAAUCAUAAGUCGUUUUGCAUCCUGUUGUAAACUGGCAAGCUGUUGUCCUUCCUAUUCUCCCUCCCCCCUCCCAAUCUCUAUCUCUUUAUUCUUUUCUUGUCCCUUUCUUCUGACAUUUGUGUCGUUGGUUCUUCCCACGACUUACUCUUCUUGCGUUCCAUGAUUCAUCGCGCUGAUUCCACUGUGUCACGCGCUACUGGGUUUGACCACAAGAAGAUACCAGUGUCGUGAUUUCACGGCUAGAUAUCCUUCCGUCUUGAUGAUCUGGUUGUUGGAAGAACUCUCCCUGUCGAGUACAUCGUGAAUAGUGGCAUUUUCUGCCACUUGUGCCCGUGUCCAGAUGCAGUCAGCAUCAGAGUUUAUGUG